AUGCCAUCUUCCAAUUUCGCCUCCUUUCCCCUCGUAGCCCGCCACUGCGCCCAGCCCACAAACUGCGGUGCCGUCGUCCAGGGGACAAUGUGCGACUUCUGCUGCGCAUCCAACGUGAAGCCGGACAGUAUCCACUGCAAGUCUCGCAACGUCGCCUGUCAGUCGGGUGGUCAGCCAGGUGGUCAGACGUUCAACUGCGACCAUGCCUAG